AUGAAGAUCAGUGGCUUACUUGUCUUAUCAAUCGUACUUUUUGUCUAUGGCGAUGAUCCUCAUGCAUCAAUCAGAGCAAAUUGUCGAAAUGAGCUGAAUUUAACUGAUCAGGAACUUAUUGAUGCUAUACCUGAUCCGAUAAAUAUGGAUUGUUAUUUGUACUGUUUUCUUAUGGAUAUAAAUGUCAUGGAUAUAAAAGGAAAUUUUAAUCCUGCAGCAGCAGUUCAAUCAAUUCAAGAUGAAUUAAAAGAUGCUGCUAAACCAAAUAUUUAUGCUUGCUAUGAACAAACUAAAGAAAAUAUGGAUGAGGAACCAUGUACACGAGCUUAUGAUGUUAUUAAAUGCUUUCAAACACGUUCACCGGAUUUAUAUGAAAAACUGGGAAUUUUUCGUCCACCAACUAUAUGACAAUUUAUUCAUACGAAAAUAUUUUAUUGUCUUAAAAAAAUUAAGUAUUGAAUUGUUAUUACCGAUAUAAAAAAAUGGGAAAUGCUAAAAUUUAUUAAUUUAUUGGUUGAUUUUAAUAAUUAAAUAUAAAUGAAAAAAAAAAAAAAAAC